CGCUGUAAGAAGUUAGUUUUGUAGAGAAACAUGACUUGGACUAUACGUUUAUUUCACAAAUGUCAACAGAAACAUUUUAUAAAUACACGGGCAUUUUUACAUUCAUAUAAAAAUGAUGUAGAAAGGGUGCAAAAUUCUCAGCCUGAUAAACCAGCUAUAAUAUUAGGAGUGGAAUCUAGCUGUGAUGAAACAGGCUGUGGAAUUGUUGAUAGCACAGGUACCAUAUUAGGUGAAGCUAUUAGUUCUCAACAGCUUAACCACUUAAAUUUUGGAGGAAUAAUCCCUACAAUUGCCCAAAUGUUGCAUAGGGAUAACAUUACCAAAGUUUGUGAGGAUGCUUUACAAAGUGCAAAUUUAAAAUUAAGAGAUGUUGAUGCUAUAGCUACAACAGUAAAGCCUGGUAUUCGUCCGUCUCUUGGUAUUGGAACAAAGUUUGGAAAAUAUUUGGCAAAAAUUGGAAAUAAACCUUUUAUACCGAUACAUCAUAUGGAAGCUCAUGCUUUGACAGCAAGAAUACAAGAAAAGGUUGAUUUUCCAUAUCUUGUUUUAUUAAUCUCUGGGGGUCACUGUUUACUUGGAAUUGUUGAGAGUACAAAUAAAUUUUAUUUACUUGGAACUACUAAGGACAAUGCACCUGGAGAAGUGUUUGAUAAGAUUGCACGAAGACUGAAAUUAAGAAAUAUUCCAGAAUUUAAUACCUUAAGUGGAGGCCAAGCUCUAGAGAUUGCAGCAAGUAAAGCAACAGACAUUAAUCAGUUUGCAUUUUCACCCAUAAUGACAAGACUUUAUGAUUGUAAUUUUAGUUUUGCUGGGAUACAAAGUACAUGUAAAAGGUACAUCCAAUUUGAAGAAGAGAAACAUAAUAUAAUUGCUGAUAUGCUGAUUCCUGAUGUAUAUAAUUUGUGUGCAGCAUUCCAAUUAGCUGCUAUAACACAUGUCUGUCAGAGAACUCAAAGAGCAAUGAAAUUUAUUGAGAAAAUGUCAUUAUUUCCUGAAAACAAACGUACAUUGGUUAUUUCUGGAGGAGUUGCAUGUAACAAUUUACUGGCCAAAGCAUUAAGUAUUGUGUGCUCGGAAUUAGGUUAUAAAUUUAUAAGAACUCCACCAAAAUUAUGCACUGAUAAUGGGAUAAUGAUAGCAUGGAAUGGAGUAGAAAAAUGGAUUACAGGUACAGAUAUUAUUACAGAUCCAUGUGAAAUUGAAAAAGUGGAAAUAGAACCUAAAGCUUCAUUUGGAGAAAAUUGGAUUCAAAGAGUACAAGCAGCAAAUGUAAAAUGUGAAUGGAUACCGAUAAAAAGAAAACUUUACUAGAUAGUUUAAGUGAUAACAUUUACUGUUACAUUUUUGUAAGAUGAUUAGAGCAUGUUAUUACAUCAUUGUUUUUAACUUACAAAA